GACGAGUAUGACUAUGUCUGCUUGAAGGAUGGUUGGAACUUAAAGAGUUGGGAUGAACUUCUAAUGAGUGACGACGAGGACUCUUCCUUGGGGGAGGGUACGAUCAUAAUCAUCAAACCACAAAUGGAUAGUCAGCCAAUUGAAGAUAAGGAAGAAAUCAAUUUCGCAAUCAAGGCUAACGAUGUGGAUCUAUUGAGGAGACUUCCGCCCCCACCCACCUAUACAGAGUCUCCUCCAUAUACCCUGUUGCCACCAAGCCGCAGGGAUGAGUCAAGGAUCCUGGACCUUGACCGAGCAAAAGUUCCAAUAGGGUGGGAUCAGAAGAGAGUCAAAAGGGCCAAACUUUAUGACUCUCGAAUCGAAAAGUCACGGAAAAAGUGGGACAUCGAUGAGUUUCUGUACAACCCAAAAUGGAGGAUCCUGCUGUUCCUGCAAGCACCAGCAAGCCUGGAAGUCACCAUUGAGUUUCUUUGCUCUCUCCGCUUCCACAAUGACGGAGAGGAAGUAAAGUCAACAGCUGAAGUCACCUCCACCACCAAGGUCACAUUCACACUAAUGGGUCGACUGCUGAGCCUUACUGUGGUAGACUUAGGGUGGCUGAUUGGUCUUUACACACUUGACGAGACGCGGAGCUUGGCCUUUGCUAAUCUGCCCGACCAGUUGGAUCCGGAGUUCGAUGUGAGGAAGUUCUGGCAAGCUCACGGAGGCUGCAAGCAUAUUCCGACCAUCGACAAGGAUUCUGUAGACUCUCGCUUAAGGAGCAUGGAGACACUCCUCCUCACGCAACAAUGGCAGGUGGAGGAAAUACUUGAAUACACCAGGGAACAAGGAACAAAGAAGGCUGAGCAUGGGGCAGGUCCGAAACAAGGAAAAUGUCAGGGAUAGUGAGAUCCCUAAUUUCUUAAUACUGCAUUCAGAACAUCAUUUUUGGAUAUUUAUAUGAUUUUAUUUUGGAAUUUCACAUUAUGACUCUUAAACCCAUUU